CGCCUCGCCCGCAGCUCGCAGCGGCCCGCGAGGCCCGAGGGAGGGGCGAGGGGUCGCCGCGGCCCUGCGCGGGGAGGGCGGGGGGCUCCCGCCGGGGGCCGCGGCGGCGGUUGGGGCGCGGCGGCGGCUGCCUCCGCCCCUGCGCACCUGUUGCCCGGCGGGCGGCGGCGCCUCGGCGGCUCCGGGCUCUCCGCGCAGCCCCUGACGGCUGCGGCGGCCCCCGCGGCGCUCUCGGCCGCCCGGGCGGAGGGGGCGGCGUGCCGGGCCCGCCGCGCCGCCGCCCCGAUGCUUCCCGCCUGGGUGCCGGGCGCCGCCGCUGGCGUCGUGUCGCUGCAUCUCGUCCAGAGGCUCCUGUUCCCCUACUUCUGGGCCGACCUGAGGUACCUGCUCAAAGUGCUGACGUACGGGCUGCGCGUGGAGGCCUACCGGCUGCGCGGACGGGUUGUCACCGUGCUGGACAAGUUCGUGGAGCUGGCUGAGGGGCAGCCCCACAAGCCGUUCCUCAUCUACGAGGGCAAGGUGCACACCUACUGGGACGUGGACAGGAGGAGCAACAGGGUGGCCCAGGUCUUCCUGCGCCACGGCGCUCUGCGGAAGGGCGACACGGUGGCCCUGCUGAUGGGCAACGAGCCGGACUUCGUCCACGUGUGGUUCGGACUGGCCAAGCUGGGCUGUGUGGUGGCUUUCCUCAACUUCAACGUCCGCUCCAGGUCUCUCCUGCACUGCCUCAGUAGCUGCGAGCCCAAGAUACUGGUUGUGGGAGCAGAUUUGCUUAGGACUCUAGAAGAAAUUCUUCCUAAUCUCCAAAAAGAUGUUAGUGUUUGGAUAAUGACCAAAGACUCCACUUUGCCAAGUGUGCAUACCCUUUUAGACAAAGUAGAGGCUGCAUCUGAAGACCCUGUUCCAGCUGAUCGACGCUCGGCAAGCAACCUCAAGUCAUCGGUUCUCUACAUAUUUACUUCAGGAACAACAGGUCUUCCAAAGGCUGCAGUCAUCAGUCACAUGCAGGUUCUUAAAGGAGCUGCUGGGCUGUGGGCUUUUGGUGCAACUGCAGAAGACAUCAUUUAUAUUACUCUGCCUCUUUAUCACAGUGCAGCAUCUCUCCUUGGUAUUGGUGGAUGCAUUGAAUUAGGUGCAACUUGUGUGUUAAGAAAGAAGUUCUCAGCUAGUCAGUUCUGGAAUGACUGCAGAAAGUACAAUGUGACUGUCAUUCAGUACAUUGGAGAACUUUGCCGUUACCUUUGCAGCCAGCCAGCAAAGGAGGGAGAAAAAAUUCACAAAGUCCGCCUAGCAGUUGGAAAUGGAGUAAGAAAUGAUGUAUGGAGAGAAUUUUUAGACCGAUUUGGUGCUGUUAAGAUCUGUGAGUUUUAUGGUGCUACUGAAGGAAACAUUUGUUUCAUGAACCACACAGGAAAAAUUGGAUCUGUGGGACGUACCAAUUUCUUUUAUAAGUUUUUCUUCCCAUUUGAUUUAAUCAAGUAUGAUUUCCAAAAAGAUGAACCUGUUAGAGAUAAACAUGGUUGGUGUGAGAAAGUUAAGAAAGGUGAGGCUGGUCUUCUCAUUUCCAAAGUGAAUGCAAAGAAUCCCUUCUUUGGUUAUGCUGGCAAUAAGAGAGAGACAGAAAAGAAAUUACUCUGUGAUGUGUUUAAGAAGGGAGAUCUUUAUUUUAAUACUGGGGAUCUAAUGGUUCAAGACCAAGAGAAUUUUCUUUAUUUUUGGGACAGGAUUGGAGACACCUUCAGAUGGAAAGGGGAGAAUGUUGCAACCACUGAAGUUUCUGAUGUGAUUGUAAUGUUGGACUUCAUACAGGAAGCAAAUGUGUAUGGUGUAUCUGUGCCAGCUCAUGAAGGAAAAGCAGGAAUGGCCUCUCUUAUUUUAAAGGAGAAUACAACACUGGACUUGGAGCAAGUGUAUAAGCAAGUUGUGACCUAUCUACCAAGUUAUGCCUGUCCUCUUUUCUUAAGAGUCCAGGAAACAAUGGAAAUAACUGGAACUUUCAAACAACAGAAAUUUCGUUUGGUGGAUGAAGGUUUUAAUCCAUCUAGAAUCACUGAUCCACUUUAUUUUUUAGAUAGUUCUAAGCAAGCGUAUGUCUUGUUAACCAGAGAAGUACAUGAGAGGAUCUUAUCUGGACAAAUGAAACUGUAAUUAACCUAAUGCUAGGUUAUUAAGAGACAGUCUAUUUGAGCUACUGUGCAAGAUGUGAUAAAAUUAAUCACCAGUAUUUAUAUGUAGUUAUCCAAAAUAACAUUUUAUAUAUUUGAGACUUAAAAGCACAUAUCUCUUGUAUCUUUCCUCAUUUGAUCAUUAUUGAUCACUAAUUAUUUUCUACCUCUUGAGACCAAAUAUAACCAAAUGACCUGUAAAACAUGUCUGAGAUCUAUUUUAUCUUAAUUUUGAAAUUUAAAUGCUCUCAGUCUGCCUUUUUUUUAGUAUUAAAUAAAAAUAAAGGAUAUGCAGAAUGGUAUGUAGAAGAAAAGGACUCAAAAAAUGAGAAAUAUGUGGUGAUGAAGGUUAUUACCUUGAGAGAGAGAAAAUAUGCCAUAAACAUCUCUUCUACUGUAAUUGCCACUUCAUAUAUAUAUCCUUAUGAAUAUAUAUUUUAAGAAAUAAAGACUUGAUAAGUGGUUGAAAGAAAAAAAACUCUUAUGCAGAGGACUUUGAUGGAACAUAAAAUGAAGAGAACGAAGCAGAAAAUGCCCUCCAAACAAACCUGAAACUAAAAGGUUUAUACCAACAUCACUGCUGAGACUUUUUGUCAUAAUCCAUUCUCCUUCUUUUAUUUGUAUACUGGCUGUUUAGAUUGUCAGAUUCUGAAGACAGGCCAUACUUUAUAAUUUGUGUAGUACCAGAUCAGCAAUAAGCAGAGACAGUGUGCAUACUUAACGGAGAAAAUAGCUCUUAUACCAUAAAAAGAAUGGUUAAAACAAUAAUAUUAGCACUUUAUAGCACAUAUUGACUAAUGAAUAGCUUCCUCACUCUUGUUAGCUGUUUAGGGGAUUUAUUAUUAGCUGUUAACUGUUAGGGAUUAUUUUAUGGGUACUAAAAUAUAGCAGAAAUUUUAAAAUUCUAAAUCAUGUUCUAAUAUACUGCUUUUUAGAAGUUUUCAAAUAAAGUAUAAGUUUAUAUAAAAGAAA